AUGGGGAGGUUAGGGCUGUUGUGGCUGAAACUUCUCUUUUCUGAGGCUCUGGGAAAAAUCCAGGGGGGGCCCGCCUGUGGCUUUAAGAACUCACAGAUCCCCAGCCACCCCGCAGAGGCUCCGCAGCCUCUUAUCUCCUCCAACUCUGCUCAUUUCUACCAUCCAGUGGGAAGCUCCAAAAAUCUCCAGGAAAGCAUUGCAUUGCCUCUCCUGAGAGAGCAUCUGAGAAGGGAGGAACUGAAAGCCCAGAGACAUGGAUGUCAAAACUUAGUUGAAGAUCUCCAAGUAAGCCUCACUUGCCCCAUCUGCUUGGGCUAUUUCAGAGAUCCAGUGACUGUCAAUUGUGGCCAUAGCUUUUGCAAAGGCUGUCUUAGACACUGCAGGACCAUCUCGAGCCCAAUGCAGGCCCUUGUGGGCCUGAGCACCUGUGAGAAACAUGGAGAAAAGGAGAAGCUCUUCUGUGAGCAAGACCAUAGACUCUUCUGUGAUUCCUGUUCCUUAGCCCCAGAACAGAAGGAUCCCCAAGUUCUUCCCUUGGAAAAGGUGGCUGCCAAUGCCAAGGAGAAGCUCUUGGAGACACAGAAUGUCUUAAAAAGGAAAGAAGAAUGUCUUCAAGAGGCAUGGGACCAUGCCGUAUGGGCAGAGGCAAAAUGUAAGAAGUACACCUUGAAUUUCCACUUUUGCAUGAAUAUGAGACAAUAUCAGUUCUUAUGGGAGGAAAAAAUUCUACAAUUACAAGAGCUGGAGCAACAAUUCAGAGACAACAUGGUGAAAUUUGAGAAGAGCAAAGUCAAACUAUCACAAGAAAUCCAAAGUCUGCAAGAAGUGUUCUUGGAAGUGGAAAAGCAUUUAGAGGAGACCCCCUCAGAAAAAAAUACCCUCCAGGUAAGAAAGGUGCUUUGGACAAGAGUGAGAAGUUGCUCCAUCAAGAGCCAGAUUGUCUCCGAGGACUGGACCAUCUUUCCCAUCACUGGUCUGAGAGAAAUGCUCAUGACUUCUACAGAGAUAACUCUGGAUCCUGAGACAGCCCACACUCAUCUUGUCCUGUCCGAAGACCUGAAGAGUGUCAAGUACACAAGGGUCCCUCAGGACAUGCCCAACAACAAAGAAAGGUUUGUACGUUCUCUUACUGUCCUGGGGGCCCAGACCUUCACCUCAGGCAGACACUCGGCUGGGAAGUGA